AUGGGCUCCGUGCCGGAGCUGCCCGGUCCCGGGGCCGCCGUCUCGCUGCAGGUCCGGGCCGUGGACGUGCGACCGACGGCGCCCGUGGUGCGGCUGUGGGGAGCGCUGGGUGAGCGCCGCGCGGAGCGCGUCCGGCCGUGCGCCGACAGCCGGGCGGCGGUGGAGAGCGAGCGUGCAGCCGGACGGCUGGCGGGAGGCGCGGAGCUUCGCGCCGGGGAGCUGGGGCUGGUGGAGCUGGCCGGGCUGUGGCACCGCUGCCGGGUGCUGAGCGGCCGCGGCCGCGGCCGCCGCGUGUUCCUGCUCGACGAGGGUCGCGCGGUGACGGUGUCCGCCGAGUACCUGGCGCGGGGCGGCCCGGAGCUGUUCGGUCCGCCGCCCGAGGCGCUGGGCUGCGUGGUGGCCGACCUGGUGCCGCCCGGGAGCCCCGCGGCCGGAGCGUGCGGAGACGCGUCGAGCUCCGCCUGGACGGAGGAGGCGAUGGAGCUGCUGCGCUGCCUGCACGGCAAGGAGCUGCCCGGCAUCGUGCGGGAGCUGCUGGUGCCGCAGCGGCUGCUGGUGCUGGAGCUGCCCUUGCUCGUGGCUCAGAUGCGGCGGCUGGGCCUGGCCGGGCACACGUCUCCAGGCGCCUUCGGCCAGCUGCUCCGGCGCUGCCUGCCGCGCGAGGCCGAAAGUGGCGCCUCCCCUGCCCACCUGUGCGACGGCGAAGGAGAGCCGGCGGCCCCGUGCGGGCAGAGCUACGUGGAAAUGAGGCCCGGUCCCUCCUACGGGGGUCAGCUGGAAGUGGGAUGUACGGUCGAUGUGGUUGUAACGUGUGCUGAGAGCCCCGGUUAUUUCUGGUGCCAGUUGAAGAAGUGCAGUGAGUUCACUGCGUUGAUGGCUGAAAUCCAGGAGUACUGUGAGAGCGUGUCCCAGCCGCACGCCUGGCCUCAGUCGGCGUGCUUGGCCCAGUACUCAGAGGACAAACGGUGGUACAGGGCUUUAAUUGUCAGCGAUGUCAGUCCUGCGGGUGAAGUUGAGGUCAUGUAUGUGGACUACGGCAACAGGGAGCUGGUGUCCCUAACGAGUCUCUGCUCCAUUAACGAGCGCUUCCUCGAGCUGAAGGCUCAGGCCUUCAGGUGCAGCCUUUACAACCUAAUCCACCCUAAUGGUCCGGACCCGUUUGUUUGGGAUGAAGCUGCAAUCCUGGCUUUCCAGGAGUUUGUCGAUGCCUCCUCAAAUCAGUUUGAACUGCAGUGUACCAUAUUUGCCUUGGCUUCGAGGAACAACAGGGAGCUGUUCAACAUCGUAGAUUUAAUGACGCCUUUCCAGAGCGCAUCCCAAUUUCUGACAGACAGAGGUGUGGCCAAACGUCUGCCGCCUCAAACGCCUCUGGCAGCCUCCGUUCGACUGCAUUCUUUCUAUUAUUCCAUGCACGAGAUCAAAAUCGGGAGUGAAGAAGAUGUUUUUAUUACGCACGUUGAUGAUCCUCAGACAUUUUACUGCCAACUUGAAAGGUGUGCGAAUGUCCUGUUGCAGCUCAGUGAAAACGUUUCUCGUCUCAGAGGAACGACGUCAGGCUUAGAAACCUGGCAGAGGUUUGGUGAGUUGUGUCUCGCCAGGUAUACUGACAGCUACUGGUACCGGGGGGUCCUUACAAAAACAAAACCCACCAAGGAAGUCUUUUUUGUGGAUUUUGGGAACACAGAGACCAUUGAAGAAGAUCAUCUGCUUCCUAUUCCGGGUGAUGCUCAUGAUAUCUUGCUUUUGCCAAUGCAGGCCAUAAAGUGUUCCUUGGCUGACGUACCUAAUGUUCCCCAGGAAGCUACAGCGUGGUUUAAGCAAGCUGUCCUUGAAAGGCAAUUAAAAGCAACUGUUGUAGCAAAAGAAUCCGGUGGUAAACUGUUGAUUGAGCUGUUUGAUGGUAACAUGCAAAUCAAUGCAAAAUUGAAGGAGGAGUUCAGAUUAAGAAACAAUGCAGAAGUGUGUAGGUGUGUAAGGAGUACAGCUCUGUACUGUAGUAUGGAUAUGGAAAAGAGGAAUGGGGAUGCACACUCUCCUCCAAAUGCAGGAGAAAGUGAAAACUGCAGACCUGAAGCCCAAGGAGGAGAGAGGAGUAGCAAAAUGCAGGUCAAAGAGAAAGAUGUAAACCUUCUCCAGCCUGCUGCAAAGAGAGAAUGGGCUGCUGGGUUACUGGCGUAUGAGGGGAAGGUCAGCAGUAAGAAAGAUGCUCUGUUAAAUAAGGUGGAGGAAAUGCAGUCUCUGCUCUGUGCCGAGAUGGAUGCAGAGUUGGAUAAUAAAUGUGAUACUGAAAGCAGUUGUGUGCUGCUGAAGCGUGUAACUGAUCUGCCACAGCAGAGCGUGGUGCCGGCUCUCACAGCGUUGGCAUAUGUCUCCUAUGUAAAUAAUCCUUUAGAUUUUUAUGUUCAACUGGCAAGUGAUGAGGCUCAACUUCACAGCGUUUCAGAAUGCUUAAAGGAUGAAAUGCUAGCAAAGAUCCCCUGCGGGCAGCUCUUGCAAGCUGGGGACUUAAUCUGUGCUCUGUAUUCAGACGACAGCCUGUGGUACAGGGCAGUGGUAAAAGAGAAGGCUUCUGACCAUUUGAUUAGCGUCCGAUAUAUUGAUUAUGGUAAUACUUCAGUAGUUGAUGUUGAUCAAGUGCGCAGGCUCCCUGAAGACUUAGAAUCUAUUCCAGCAAUAGGCAUUCACUGCUUCCUAGGUGGGCUUAAAUGCAAAACGAGUACAGGCUGGGCAGAGAAAGCAGCUCCUUGCUUCACGAAGAGGGUAAGUGAGGCUCUGCUAACAUGUGAAUUUGUGGAGGAGGUUGAUGGUAAAUGGGGAGUUAUUCUGAGUGAUGAUCAAGGUGAAAUAACAGUGGAUUUAGUUGAUGAAAGUUCUUAUUCAAAUGGAAUGCUUGAUAGAAGUGAUGUGAUAAAUACGUGUGAGCCUUCGUCUCCUGGGGUGCAAAAUGAAGCUUCCUGUGACUGUACAUCACUUACCUGGAAGUUCCCCGAGGCAGGCCAGACUGUACAUGUUUAUAUCACGGUGGUGAAUGGUCCAGACUAUUUUUGGAGUUGCAGUGCUGAUGAAAAAAACAUGACCUACAUAGAGGAAAAAAUAAAGGAAGCCGAAAACCUUGGACUAAACUCUAUGGACAGCUGCAUUAAAAGCGGUGAUAUUUGCCUAGCAAAGUACAGCGAGGAUGGGAAGUUCUACAGAGCUAAGGUCAGCAGCGUGAAGGGCAACGAUGUAGCUGUUAUCCAUGUGGACUAUGGAAGUGAGGAGACUGUUAGCUUGGAGAUGCUCAAAGCAAUUCCAAGUGAAUUGCUUCAGGUGCCUAAUCAAGCAUUUGCUUGCUGUCUGUCAGGUUUCAGUCCCUCAGAGGGCUCGUGGCUUAGUGAAGCCAAAGACAAGUUUUAUGAUAUGACUGUAGAGCUCCUACUAGAAGCUGAAGUUCUUGGAACCCAGGAGAAUAAAGCUUUUGAAGUCCCUCUGUGUGCUGUCAAACUGGAGUCUCCUGGGAGGAAUAUUAACGAAGAGAUGAAAUCUUUUUGGAAGGCUGAUGUGGGAAGCGGUCACAAAGAUAUUCCAGACCCUGAGGGUUCCUUAGAAGGAAACAGAAGUUCAAACAGUGAUGCGGGUCUUUAUCUCAAAAGAGAAACUGCUACCUGUGGAUUAGCUCGAGAAGUGAGGGAAAGUGCUUUGCUUUGUUCCCAGUGCUCCUUGGGUGAACCUUGUGGGUGUUCAGGUGGGUCUGAAGCAAAAGUGUCUGCUGAGUCUCAGGAGGUGGCUGGUGGACGUGAAACAGCUGAGCAUCGAAGCAGCUUUGAUAAAGAGACUGCUCCACUGGAAGAUGAGAGCAGUAGCAAAGUAUUAUUAGGGCCAAGAGGAAGCUGCAGUCUUCACAGUUUGGGAGGUGGAAUGAAAUCUGCACUACAAGAGCCACCUGAAUUACUGUUUCUGCAGGAUGCUGAGGUGAAGGCAGAAGGCAAGGCAGCCAGCCCUUUGCCAGGAAAUGGAGAAGAGCUGAUGGGAUGGCUCCAGGUAGAGCCUUCGAUGGGUGAUACAACAGAGGCACUGAUCGAACUAGUUGAAUUACAAAUGCACUCUUCUUAUGAUGAUUUGAAAGAGUUGAUACUGGAGCUGGAGGAAAUAGCAGCACUGCCCUCAGUCACUGAUGAGAUGAAGGAAGCACUUGAAACAGAGGCACUUGGAAUGCAGACUGCUUCAGGCAGUGAAGCGAGAGAGAAAGUGCUGGAAGUACAUGAGCCCCUGCUCCUGUGUGAGGAGAUGGGGCACUCAGCACUCCUGCAGUCUGGAACCUUGCCUUCACUUAGUGAGGGAGAGAGCUCAAUGCCCUCUGUUAGUGAUGCAGGGAAGACAGCAGAGCUGUUUCCUUCUGAUUCUCUGCCUCUGAGGCAGACUGCAGAGGUGCUGGGAUUGAAUUGCUCUGGGGUUCGUGGAGCAGAAGCUGUGCAAGAAGACUGGAUGGAAGUAGAGCCUCCCCUCAUGCUGCCUUCAUCUGAUGGUAGACCUGAGGAACAACCAAAGGCCCCUGAUACGCUGGCAGCAGUAAGUGCCGAGAUUGAUCAGCUUCUGGAUUUGCACAAGAAAGAUGAGUGUUAUGUGAAAGAAUGGACGCAGCAAGACAUGGAGGAGUUGUUUAAAGAAUGUGGAAGCACACCUACACACAUGCAGUCUUCAGACUGUAAACCUAGUGAAGAAGCAGGAAAAAAGCAAAGUGAUAACAUGGCUGACUAUAGUGCAGGAUGCAGUGGAUAUACUUGUAAGCUGAAGGGCUUUGCUGUUGGCUCCAAGUGUGUGGUGUGGACAUCUCAGCAGUGGUGCGAGGCUCUGAUUUUGGAGGUAUCUGAGAAGGGCACCAGGGUACUGAAUCUCUGCAGUGGCAGUGAGGAGAUUGUAGAUCCUGAGAACGUCUGGAACGUUAUUCCCAGCUGGGCUGGCAGAUCACCUGAGAGAACUACUCAUGUGACAGAAGAUGUGCUGUCCCUGCCAGAGGAAUCUUUACUUCAAGAAGAGCAAAGUGGCUGCAGUUCAGCUAGAUCUGAAGAUCCUCAUGUUCUCCAGCCUUUCUGAGAAAGAACUUAUUUACCACAUGAGGUGUAAUAAGUCUCUGCAUGCACAUCCAUUCCCACAAAAAUGGGUUUUUAUAGGAAAUAUACAACCAACGCACUUGGGUGUUCUACACAACUGAGCAAAUGCCUGGUACUGCCACACCUCCUUGUCAUGAACAGUGGUUGGUGGGAGACUGGUGCUGUCUGUUGGGCGUUUUAAAACUGUGCCUUAAUCAAACAGUGUGCCUCGACAGGCAUCCCUUACUGAAUGCUGGUGUGGCACUAACUUAUGCCUAGCUGAUAGUGGGUUCUUGAUGAAGAGCUUCCCGUGAGCUGCUGUGGUGAUAUCUGCUGUUGCAUUGGUUUGGUUUUGUUUCUUUAGGUUUAGGAAAAUUCAGAGUAUUUUUGAGGGAAGUUUUUUCCUCUGUAGCGAAAUGAAGUUGUUCAGGGCUGAAGCCUUGCAUUUUGUGUCAUUACAAAGCAAUUAAGAAGCUGGAAUAAAGCU